AGAGCACAGAGCCUGGUGCGUGGACCGACAGACGGACGCCGAGAAGCUGCGCCCCUCCCCCCCAAUCCGCGCCAGCGCCGCCACAACCCGCUCCCAGGCCGCCCGUCCAGCCAGCCCUCGCGAGGGUGCCUGCGGUGCCGGGGCCCAGACCGCCAUCUGCUCUGCGCCUCGGGUUCGCCAUGCGCUCCGCCGCUGUCCUGGCGCUUCUGUUCUGCGCCGGGCAAGCCAUUGCCCUCCCUGUGAACAGCCCUAUGAAUAAAGGGGACACCGAGGUGAUGAAGUGCAUCGUUGAGGUCAUCUCCGACACGCUGUCCAAGCCCAGUCCCAUGCCUGUCAGUCAAGAGUGUUUCGAGACCCUCCGAGGAGAUGAACGGAUCCUCUCGAUCCUGAGACAUCAGAAUUUGCUGAAAGAGCUCCAAGACCUCGCUCUCCAAGGUGCCAAGGAGAGGGCUCAUCAGAAGAAACACAGCGGCUUUGAGGAUGGACUCUCAGAAGCUCUUGAGAAGCAGAACGACCAGGCCGAGCUGAAAGAGGUGAUGGAAGAGGCAUCCUCCAAGGAUGCUGCGGAGAAAAGAGGGGAUUCUGAAGAGACAGAGAAGAAUGGCGGAGACACAGAGGGAGCCAGGCCCCAGGCCUCCCUGGAGCCUGAACUGGGGUCCAAGGUCGAGGGAGACAAUGAGGCCCCAGGGGAGCAGGAAGCCGCCAACACCCACCCCCCAGCCAGCCUUCCCAGCCAGAGACACCUCGGCCCACAGGCCCAGGGGGACAGCGAGAGCCUCUCCCAGGGUCUGGUGGACAGAGACAAGGGCCCGGAUGUAGAGCAAGAACAGCAGGCAAAGCGAGAAGAGGAGGAGGAAGAGGAGGGUGAUGCAGAGGCUGCAGAGAAGGCUGUCCCUGAAGAAGAAAGCCCCACUGCGGCAUCUCACCCCCACCCAAGCCUUGGCUACAAGGAGCCUGGGAGGGACGAGACUCCAGGACGGUCCAAGGCUCUGGCUGCAGGUAGAGCCGGGAAGGCCAAGGCUGAGGAGACUCAGCCCCCCGAGGGGAGGGGGGCACGGGAGCACUCUCGGCAGGAGGAGGAAGAGGAGGAGGAGGAAAUGGCAGAGGCCCCUCAAGGCCUCUUCCGGGGCGGGAAGAACAGGGAGCUGGAGCAGGAACAGGAGGAGCAGCUGGCCGACGAGUGGGAAGAUGCCAAGCGAUGGAGCAGGAUGGACCAGCUGGCCAAGGAGCUGACGGCCGAGAAGCGGCUGGAGGGGGAGGGCGAGGAGGAUGACCCCGACCGCUCCAUGAAGCUUGCCUUCCGGGCCCGGGCCUAUGACUUCAGGGGCCCUGGGCUGCAGCUGCGACGAGGCUGGAGGCCAUCCUCCCGGGAGGACAGCGUGGAGGCCGGUCUGCCCCUCCAGGUGCGCAGCUACUCGGAGGAGAAGAAGGAGGAGGAGGGCAGCGCCAACCGCAGACCGGAGGACCAGGAGCUGGAGAGCCUGUUGGCCAUCGAGGCGGAGCUGGAGAAGGUGGCCCACCAGCUGCAGGCGCUGCGCCGGGGCUGACACGCGGGCCAGCCCCCCCAGCCAGGACCCCAAGGCGCCCGGUGGUCCUGGCUCUGUUGUCCCCUUUGCAGGUCCUGGCCAGACGGC